AUGCUCAAUCUCUUCCGUGUUACCGGGGACUUGUCCCACCUUGCCAGUAUCGGCAUCCUCCUCCACAAGAUGGUGCAGCUGAAUAGCUGUUCUGGUAUUUCCUUCAAGUCGCAAGCCCUCUACUUUCUGGUGUACAUCACCAGGUACCUUGACUUGUUCACAACCUCUAGCCUAUGGAAUCUCAUCUUCAAGAUUCUCUUCAUCACCUCCCAAGGUUACAUUGUCUACCUCAUGACGACCGCCUACAAACCAACCAACGACCCCAAUCAGGAUACCUUCCGCGUCCAGUACCUGCUCGGUGGAGCUGCCGCUCUGGCCAUCAUCUUCCCUUACUCCUACAGCUUCUGGGAGAUCUCCUGGUCAUUCUCCAUCUGGCUCGAGGCCGUCGCCAUCCUGCCUCAGCUCUUCAUGCUUCAGCGCACAGGCGAGGCCGAGACCAUCACCACGCACUACCUUUUCGCACUCGGUAUCUACCGUGCCCUGUACAUUCCCAACUGGAUCUACCGUUACUUCACAGAGGCGAACCACAAGGUUGACUGGAUUGCUAUAACCGCCGGCCUCAUCCAAACUGUCCUCUACAGUGACUUCUUCUGGAUCUACUACACCAAGGUGAUGAAGGGCAAGAAGUUCAAGCUGCCCGUUUAA